AUUUCUCUUUCAACGGCUCUCUCAAUUGCCUUUUCUAGAUCUCCUGCUUUUUUUUUUCUCUAUCUCUUUCUUUCAUAUCAAAAAUCAGUAUCACUCACUUUGAUUUUCAUUUCUUUCUAGUCAUAUAUUAUUACCUUUUUUCCGUACGUAUCGUUGAAAAUGGAUGGUGACCAAAGUUUGUCUGAUUUAUUUGAGGAUUCCGAAUGUGACAUCUUCAGUAUAUUAGAGGCUUUAGAAGGCGGAGGUGGUGCUAAUUCGGAGUUUAAUAAUAACAAUAACAACCAUACUACAACAACGACAACCACAACCACAACGUCUGAAGAGGGGAAGAAAAGGAAGUUGGUUUCUCAGAAAUCUACUGGGUCAAGUGCAACUAAUUUACAAGAUGAAGAGACUCAUGAAGCAGAUACACCAAGUAGCAAAAGGGAAAAAUUAGUUAUAAGUGGUGGGAUAGAAAAUAAGAUUUCUCACAUAACAGUUGAGAGGAAUCGACGCAAACAAAUGAAUGAACAUCUCUCUGUGCUACGCACUUUGAUGCCUUGUUUUUAUGCUAAACGAGGUGAUCAAGCAUCAAUAAUUGGUGGGGUUGUGGAUUACAUAAACGAGCUACAACAAGUUCUACAAUCACUUGAAGCCAAGAAGCAACGCAAAGUUUAUAGUGAAGUUCUAAGUCCAAGAGUACUACAACAGCUAGUCCCAAUUAGUCCAAGACUAAUAACACCCUCACCAUUAAGUCCAAGAAAACCACCACUUAGUCCUAGAAUGAACUUACCAAUUAGUCCAAGAACCCCACAACCCACAAGCCCAUAUAAGCCUAAUCAUAAUCAUAAUCAUAAUCAUAAUAAUGCUAAUAGACCACUUGAACCAUCUCCUACUACUACUACUACUUCUUCAAAUUCCUCCAUUGAUAGUCAUGUCAAUAAUGAGCUGGCUGCUAAUUCAAAGUCAGCCAUUGCUGACGUGGAAGUAAAAUUCUCCGGCGCGAAUGUCAUAUUGAAGACUGUGUCUCCACGUAUUCCGGGCCAAGCUGUGAAGAUCAUUGCUGCUUUAGAACAACUCGCUCUCGAAAUACUACACGUCAGCAUCAGUACUAUUGAUGGUACCAUGCUCAACUCCUUCACCAUUAAGAUUGGAAUUGAAUGCCAACUUAGUGCUGAAGAACUGGCUAAUCAGAUUCAGCAGACAUUCUGCUAAGAACAGUACUCAUUACUCUUUAGCAAUACUAGUAGUAAUUUUAGUACAUGUUUUUUUUCCGUUACUUUUUUUUUUUUUUUACUUUUCAUUUGAGAAAUGAGAAGUGUCUCAUUCCAGUAGCUAGAGAUCUGACUAGGGAGCUGUAACAAUAAAAGAGAAUGUGGGUAGUUGAUGUCCGUAUAGAUUAUCAUGACUUUUAUUUACUAGUGGUCGAUCGAUCGAUCAAUUAAUUAUAUAUGAUCCCCUCGUUGUAUUGAUUUCUUUAUGUUCAGUCAUUGUAUUUUCAAUUAUGUACACUUUAUUUCUAG